AUGGCGCAGUUGCCGAAUGAGAUUUUAGAAAAGAUUCUUUGCCGAUUAUCUGUUAAGUGUCUGCUCCGUUUCAGAUGUGUGUCUAAAUCCUGGUUUGCCCUAAUCAGUGACCCAUAUUUUAUCAAACUGCAUCUGAAACAAUCAGUACAAACCAAUACCAACAAUAGCCUCUUUCAAAGGAACUUCGAUCUCUUUCGGGUGGCUCUUGAUUCCCUCCAUGACGACGAUGUUCUUCAACCGAUGAAGAUCGAUUCCAUUCCAUUGAGGUUUCGGAAUUAUGGACUUAGGUCUGGCUUUUCCUGUGAUGGCUUGCUUUGCACGUCAAAUUUCAUAAAUGCCCUUGACAGUUUAUGUACCUCCUGUGUUUAUCGAAUUGGUUACGAUAACACCAAUGACGAUUACAAGGUAGUGAGAAUUGUGGUGUACCUAAUUCUGGGUUUUGGCAUCGAAUACGAGAUUAAAGUUUAUAGUUUGAGAUCAAAUUCGUGGCAUAGGCCUGAGAAGUUUCCUCAUUGUCCGAAUUGGAAAAGCUUUGGAAAUUCCAUUGUUUGUGGAUCUCUGCACUGGAUCUCAACUGUGAAAUCAGAGAAAUCAGAUUUAAAAGAGGAAAGUUUGAUUGUUGCCUUUGAUAUUGGGACAGAAAAAUACAGAGUACUUCCACAGCCACAAUACCGCGGUCCUUAUUACAAAUUAUAUGUGGAUGAUUUAGGAGAAUGCCUUUCUUUAAGUUGUCAUUACAAAUCAUCGACUGUGGAUAUGUUUUUGCUCAAGGAAUAUGGUGGGAAGAAUGAACAUUGGUCGAGAUUGAUUAAUGCCACUUUGCUGAAAGAAUAUGGUGGGACGAAUGAAUCUUGGUUGAGAUUGGCACAAAAUAUUCCUGUUCCAUCUAAUCAUGUGGUGAAAUCUGCUGCUUAUUCAAAUUGUGGUAAGAAUGUACUUUUGAGCAUGGAUGAUGAUAAUCUUGUUUGGUAUGACUUAGAUUCGGAGUCACUUGAAGAUCCUAGGAUUCAUGCUGACGAGAACUAUUCAUUCGAAGUUGAGACUCUUGCUUGGAAAAUCUAUUACGAUGUUGCAGAAGCUGGAUAA